UAAGUUUUAAUUUGACAUUUUCUCAUGAAAAUGUAUUUUUAUUUUAUUUUUCUUUUACACCUUUUCUUUUGAAAAGGUAGUUUUAUUUUAUUUUUCUUUUAGACCUUUUCUUUUUGAAAAGGUAGUUUAGGUCUCUAUUUAAAGAGACGUUAUGUAACUUUGGAAGAUAAGUAAUUUCCCUUUUAAUUAAUCAAUUUCGUUUGAUUAUUGGAGGCCGAUCCCCUCGAAGCGAUCACCCUAUCCCCUUUUCCCUUUCUCUUUCGAUUUUUUAACGUGAUAGGCCCCCUGGUUCCUAUCAGGAUCGCCUCUUCCGUUCCACCUCUCCGUUCUUUCGAGGUCCACUCUGGCCACGAAUUUUACCGCCGGAUCGGCGCUAUCGUUGGCGGAGGUGAAGGUGGUUUCGCUGCCCUCUUGAGGAUCCGCCGAUGUGUUUAAUAGGGAAGGACUCUUUGCAUAUCCAUUGUUUGAUGAAAUGACAGCCAAGUUUUAUAAUUUAACCAUUCCCAAGCCUGCCUUCCUCUGGAUAUCUCUAAAUUUUCGUACCUUUUCAUAUGCAACUGCUGCACAUGGUCAAACUCAUUUUGAAGAUAACAAGAAUUAUCCAGAUUCUGCGGAGUUUAUAUCUGUAGUGCAGGCCCUUAAAGGUGGGCUUCAUCCUCAGAAGUUAGUUCAUGUGUUGGAUUCUAUGUUGGAUGUGACCUCAGCUCUUAAAGCAUUCAAAUGGGCUUCUACUCAGAGAAGAUUCCAACACACUGCUGAGACUUAUGCCGGUAUGAUCUUGAGGUUGGGAUUAGUUGGAAAUAUUGAAGAGAUGGAGAUUCUUCUGAAUGAGAUGAUUAUGUUACAAUUCGACAAUACAAAUCAAGUGUUUGGUUCCAUGAUUGAUUCUUUUUGUGUAAAUUGCAGGGAAGUUGAAGCUUUACUGGUAUUCAGAUAUUCAAUUUUAGCAAAACAACAACCAUCCAUCUCAACAUGCAACAGACUUUUAGCUACUUUUUCCUCACAGAGUGGAAAUUUCUUUUCAUCAUUGUUUGUAUAUAAAGAAAUGGUAAAAUCGGGGAUCCUUCCAGAUGUUGUCACAUUAAAUUACCUUAUAAAGGGAUUAUGUGAAAUUGGGCGCUUGGAUUUGGCAUUGCAUCAGUUCCAUAGGAUGGGGAAGAAGCGAUGUGAUCCGAACAGUCUGACAUUUGAGAUUCUAAUUAAAGCUCUCUGCAUCAGUAACCGAGUAGAUGAAGCCAUUAAUGUAUUUCAGCAGAUGCUCGAGUCUGGUUGCACUCCACUUCCUGACUUUUAUUAUAAUGUUAUGCCUCUUCUUUGCAGCAUCAACAGAUUUGAGGAAGGCAUUAAAUUGUUAAGGAUGAAGGGAAAUAUACAGGGUGAUCAAGAUUUAUAUUUGUAUAAACAUUUAAUCCAAUGCUUAUGUAACAACCGGCAACUUGAGACUGCAAUAGAAUUUCUUCAAGAAAUAAAAAACUCGGGCUUUACUCCUUUAACUGUUACAUACACAGAUGUUGUCAAUGGGUUUUGCAAAUUUGGGAAGUUGAAUGAGGCUAUGACCUUCCUAGAUAGGGAGGAUGUUUUGCAAGUUGAACCUUACAAUGCCUUGCUCAAGGGUUUCUGCAAUGCUGGUAGAUAUCAAGAGGCAGCUAUAUAUCUGAAGCAAAUGGUAGAAAGGGAUUUAAUCAAUCUUGCCUCAUGGAUUAUCCUUACAAAAGGACUUUGUGAAGAAGGGCUUGUUGACAAAGCAUUAGAAGUUGUUGGAAAAAUGAUUGUUUCAUCCUAUAUGGAUGAAGGAGCUGUUUAUUCAGCUUUUAUAACUGGAUACUGUAAGAUCAGUAAGUAUGAGAAUGCUUUAAGCAUGUUUAGACUGUCUCGUUUCUAUGACUGCUGCUCAGACUCAGAAGCAUGCUCACAGUUGAUUGAAGGUUUGUGUAUAAUCAAUAAGAUGCAGGAGGCUACUGAAAUAUUUUACCAUCUUACUGCUAAAGGUUGUUUGCUCAGCUGUAGUGCUUUGAAUGAGUUAGUGAAAGGGAUCUGUAUCAGUGGAAAAGUUCAAGAAGCCAUCAAUGUGCGUUCUCUUGCUGUUUCUAGUGGUGCUUCUUGUAAUUCAUUUACUUAUUCUACAAUUUUGCUUGGUCUCCUAGGUUUGAACAAGGAAAAGGAUACUUUGGUAAUCCUUUCACAGAUGUUGGUUGAGGGUGGCAGAUUUGAUGCCACAACAUAUUCCAUUUUUGUUCGUGGAUUGUGUUCCAAGAGUAUGGCAAGGGAAUCUGCAAAUUUGUUCAAUCAAAUGGUUAAUGAUAACUUUGUUCCCGACUCUGAAACACUUGAGUUGCUCAUAUUUAGUCUGUCAAGAAAUUCUAAGUUGCAUUUGGUCAUGCACAGCCUUGAUAGUCUGAUCAACAACGGGGGUUUUCUAAGUCCCACAGUAUGUAAUAUGGUAAUUUCCAGUCUUUUAAAAGAGGGACAAAAGCAUGAGGCCCGUAGGUUCUUGGACAGGAUGCUUGAAAGAGGAUGGAUCCCUGAUGCUCAUACACAUGUUUUGCUGGUCGCUGAUUGCAAUUUAGAAGUAAAUAGUGAUGUGUUUGAGGCUACUGAUGAUGACAAAGUCAGCAAAAUAUUAGCCGAGGGUCUGUAUGAUUUGAACAAGCAGAAUGCUAUGUGAUGAUUUAUGCUAUACAAAGCUGACCUUUUUCAUACUCUUCAGAAAUUUUGUCUAUUCUGGAUAAAUUUUUUAAUGUCUGUGCUUUGCAAAUCACCGGCUAAAUAUAACUUGCAUUUGGAGAUUUUCUUGGAGAACAAGAAUCUUUGCUGUUGUUUUGGCAACUGUCUCAUGCGCAAACUUUUCUUAAUGGCUGAGGAAUGUCCAUGUGAGGGAACACGAUUAUGGAGAAUGUUGUCCAUGUGACAUGGUUAAGUUUAUAAACGGGUUUCAUUCAAGAUGCCUUAUGAUGCCUGGCCCCAAAUGAAGCAAUGCAGCCUGAAACAGAAUUACUUGGGAGAUCAGACAACAAGAUCAAGAAUUACUGGAACUCCUAUCUCAAGAAGAAGCUGAGGGGGAGAGGCACUGAUCCUACCACUCACUAGCCACUUGACUUGCAACCUGAUGAUAAUUCUGAUGCAAAUGCGAACGUUGCAAAUGGAAGCUUGGAAUGGAUGGAAUUGCUACCAGAUGAAGAAGAUUUAGGAACGCAGCUUGAUGAGGACGUUGAGGAUCUCAAUUGCUAUGAGUACCUCAAAGGCUCCAUUUCUGUGACUUCAAACCGACCAGAGUUGAAAAUUGAGUUCGUGAAGUGAACCUUCAGUAGAUGUCAAAAGUUAUUGGUUUACUAAAGCUAAACAGGUUUUAUAUAUCUAGAGAAAUGUUUCUUUGAGGAAUUAUCACAGAAUAAAACUUCUCUUGGUUAAUGUAUCAUAAAUUAGUGAAAACCUCCUGAUUAAUUCAGAAUUUCCGGAUUUUAUAUUCA